UGGCAGGGCCGGCUAGGUGGCCCGCGAGCUGCACCCGGAUCUGCGCGGCGGCGGCGGCGACGUGAGCGCGCAGGGGGGCGGCGGCCUCGCCUCGUCUCUGUCUCGGCGCCGGGCUCGGGUGGGUGACGCGCAGUGCCGGGGCGAUGUCGGAUUUUGACAGCAACCCGUUUGCGGAUCCAGAUCUCAAUAAUCCGUUCAAGGAUCCCAGAGUUACCUCAGUGACAAGAAAUGUGCCACCAGGACUUGAUGAAUACAAUCCCUUCUCAGACUCUAGAACGCCUCCACCAGGCAGCGUGAAAAUGCCUAAUGUACCCAACACCCAGCCAGCAAUAAUGAAGCCAACAGAGGAACACCCAGCUUACACACAGAUCACAAAGGAACAUGCCUUGGCUCAAGCUGAACUCCUCAAGCGCCAAGAAGAGCUGGAGAGAAAGGCUGCGGAGUUAGACCGCCGAGAACGGGAGAUGCAGAGCCUGAGUCAGCAUGGGAGAAAAAAUAAUUGGCCACCUCUUCCUAGCAAUUUUCCUGUGGGACCUUGUUUCUAUCAAGACUUUUCUGUAGACAUUCCUGUAGAAUUCCAGAAGACUGUAAAGCUUAUGUACUACUUAUGGAUGUUCCAUGCUGUGACUCUGUUCCUAAACAUCUUCGGAUGCCUGGCUUGGUUCUGUGUUGAUUCUUCAAGAGCAGUUGACUUUGGACUGAGUAUCCUGUGGUUCUUGCUUUUUACCCCCUGUUCAUUUGUCUGUUGGUACAGACCGCUGUACGGAGCUUUCAGGAGUGACAGUUCCUUCAGGUUCUUUGUCUUCUUCUUCGUGUAUAUUUGUCAGUUUGCUGUCCAUGUUCUCCAGGCCGCAGGAUUUCAUAACUGGGGAAACUGCGGUUGGAUUUCUUCCCUUACUGGGCUCAACAAGAACAUCCCGGUCGGAAUCAUGAUGAUCGUCAUCGCGGCUCUGUUCACGGCCUCUGCGGUUGUCUCGCUCGUCAUGUUUAAGAAGGUACAUGGACUGUAUCGCACAACAGGUGCUAGCUUUGAGAAGGCCCAGCAAGAGUUUGCAACGGGAGUGAUGUCCAACAAAACUGUCCAGACUGCGGCUGCAAAUGCAGCUUCAACUGCAGCAACCAGUGCGGCACAGAACGCCUUCAAGGGUAACCAGAUGUAGAGCGCCUCUCCGCAGUGCGCUGUUACCAUGGGACUGUAUUUUUCUCCAGUUACUGUAUUCUACAGAUAUUUCUAUGUUGGAAACACACAGUACACACAGCAUGGGUAUUUCCUAUUCACGUGUGCAUGGUCUAAAACCAGAGAAACUUCCUCAUCUUAUUUCUUUGCCUAAUAGUUUCUUAAUAUUUCCACGCCCCUCACAGAAGAAAACUCUCAUCUGCUAAAUAAAUAUUCUCCAUAUUUUUGGGGGAUGGUGUUCUCAGAUCAUUUCCGUGGUGACACACUGAAAUGAGUGUGUGACUUAAGAUUUAAAGGGCACUCGAUACCAACCACAGUAGUUCUCCCAGGAGUCAGUAGAGAGGAGGAUUAGACAUUGGAAAUGAAACCAUGUUUGUUUCUUUUUCUCUAUAUUAAUAUUGCAGGAACGAGGCCAGCAAAGACUUGGGUGUUUUUAAAUUGGCUUUCUUUCUGAAGUUCAGUCACAGUGAAGAGCCCGUGUGCUUUGUAGUAGAUAAUGUAUAUUUUAUCUCUUAUUUUAUUUUUAGACUAGUUGAUAUUUUGAUAACAACCUCUGAUCUUGCAUGGGUACCAUGUCUCUUGAGUGAAACGAAUUAGUAUUUUGGGUUCUGUACUGCUUAUAGUGGUAGGAGCUGGGGCUCUUUAUAGAAUCAGAAAUGGUUUUCUGUAAUAGUUUCUUUUAAGUAAAAAUUUACUGGAGUAUAAAGAUUUUAAUAUAAUGUGCAGUGCAUUAUCCAAAAGAGAAGGUAGUGAAUUGGUGCAAUAGAAUAUAGUGAUAAUUCCUUUACCCCUCUUAGUUUUCUGUAGAAUUUUACUGUAUGGAAACUUUGGUAUAUUCUUCUGGCUAAUCUUCUUAAUUGAACUGGGAUUAUGUUUGGCAGCUUUGUGUGUGUGUGUGUGUGUGUGUGUGAGAGAGAGAGAGAGAGAGAGAGAGAGAGAGAGAGAGAGAGAGAGAGAGAGAGAGAGGAGAGAGAUUUUGGCACAGGUAUUAAAGACUAGCCUAACCCUUGAAUAAAAAGAACAUACAGUAUUUAAGGGAUUUCUAUUUGAGCCUCUCACUCUUAGUUGCAUUAAAAAAUAAAAGACCCAGCCCUUCUAAUAUACUUGAUUUCUUAAUGUAUCUGCCAUUUACUUUCUGAGACAGACUAAAUAUGUAUAAAGCAUCACACAAAGCAGGAAAGUACAAGUAUAGUUAAAUGUGUUAAUUAUUCAUAUAAUCAUAUUGACAUUGUUACGUGCAGCACAAGCCGAUGUGAGUUCAGACUUUUAAUCAUUUUUAAUAAUGAUUAAAUGUCUCAAAAACAUUUAUAAGUCAUACUACCUUAUUUUGGAAGUCUUACUAGUUUUAGAUUGCAGAAUGAUAGGUUGUGAUUCAUCCAAGUUGAUUUUAAGCAAGGAUGGGUUGCCGAGACAGGCUAACUUUUAAAAAUGGGCUUAAAUGAUUGAGACACUAUUCUUUUCCCCAAAGCUGGAGUCAGGGAGUUUCAUGUUGGCUGGGGCACAGUUCGUGGGCUACAUGUAGAAGGCUCACAUAUCCACCCACAUGGGCUACAUUAGAUUUGCUUGGAAAUUUACUGAGUAUUGGAGAUACUUCUUUUAUUUGUCUCUGAAGUACAAAUGAAAGACACAUCAUGUUUAAAAAAUACUUUCCUUCAAAAAUGGAAACGUUCCUCAUUAUUAAGUGGCAAAGAAUAGAUAGUUAUAACAUACUGUGUUUUUGUGUAUGAACAUUGUUGUUCAUUGAACUGUUGUUCAAUUCAGUUGUUGGGUUCAUACAAGUUUGAAAGAGAUUAUGUUGUUUGAAACCACACAGGAGCAUUGAAGUGUUGGUGGUGUCUGCGGCUGGGUCAUGUGCAAAAGCAUCUUGAAACCCUGCUUUACUAUUCUCUCAACAACAACGGUAAUAGUGCAUCUUUGCGGAAAGACGGCUAGUGUUUCUAUUUAAUACCUGCACCACAGUCAUGAAAUGAGCUUUGUGUAGACCAGGCAUCCUUGUGACUUUUCAGUUUUCGAUAUUAAAUGGUGGCUGUUUUAUUUAAACUGGGGUCUGAACACUGGGAAAUCACUGUUUGGAGAUUUGUGGCGUGGGCUUGGUUUAUUUCCUAGGGGUGUUUGUGUGCUUUGUUGGUGAGCAACACUGCGCUGCCCUCGUGGCAACUGUCACGGUUCUGUGUAAAUGCCCUCAUGUGUCCCUCUUAUGUUGCAUGUUUUCAGUGGUUUGGAAGUUUUGUAUAUUUAUUGUAUUAAUGCAGAGUGUCAUAAAAUAAAAUAAUGUUUACUGGA